GCGGGACUUGUUGGGCCCGCGCACCCAGCCUGACGAGAAGGCCGGGAUUGGGAGCACCGAGGGGCAGCCCUAGACUCCAGGCCCUGUCCUAGUUCUGCCCUCGGAUGUCCGACCGCCCAGAGCCUGCAUGCGCCGAGGGGCGCCCCAGGACCAGGAGCUGAUGGGUCCGGGGGCCCCUGGGCGGGGGUCCCGGAGCGCCCCUCCUCCCUCGGGACCGGUUGUCCCGGUCCUCGUCUUACCCCUGGAUCUAGUAUUCAGAGCGGACCAGCGGAGCGGCCUCCGACAGCUGCUGACCCUCUACAACCCCACAGGAACUGCGCUUUGCUUCCGAGUCCUGUGUACAGCACCUGCGAAAUACACGGUGUUUGAGGCCGAGGGCUAUGUGAAGGCGCAGUCCUGCAUUGACAUAGUGAUUCGCCAUGUGGCCCCCAUCCCCAGCCACUACGACGUCCGGGACCGAUUCCGCAUUGAACUGUCGGAGGAGGGAGCCAAUGGCCGAGUGGUGGGCCGCAAGGACAUCACCUCGGUUCUCAGAGCCCCAGCACACCCCCUUGAGCUGCAGGGACAGCCCAACCCACUGCCCACCCUGGGGCCCCCUGCCGGGACAGCAGCCCCCACGGCCAGACCCUUCCAAGAGACCCCCCGCCAGCAGCUGGCCACCAGCUCCUUCCUGCUCUUCUUGCUGACCGGCAUGGUGUCUGUGGCCUUCUUGCUGCUCCCGCUCCAGGACGAAGUGGGCAGCCAGCUGCCCCAGGUCCUGCACGUGUCCCUGGGACAGAAGCUGGUGGCAGCCUACGUCCUGGGCCUCCUCACCGUGGUGUUUCUCUGGACCUGAGCCCCACCCCCCCACCCCCCCACCCCCGGGCAAGGACUCAGGCAGCCACUGUGACCUCUUUCUUUGCCUCUGCGCCCUCCUCCUCCUUCCUGCCCACUCCUCUCCCCCGUCCCCAGAGCAAAAUAUCCAGGGAUUUGUAUCAUUUUCCAAGUUGAAUAAAAUAACUUUGUAAAAAAAAAAAGUUUA